UGAAAGAAACCACGUUUAGUUGGCGUCACGCCGCCACUAUUGUAGGAUUGCGUGAGACGAGUGAAUUUAGAUAAUGGAAAGGAAUAAACGUACCGGCAAAAACAGAAUUUUACCGCGCGAUGCGCAGAACCAUCACUGGACGGAAUCGUCGGAGACGGUACCGUUAUGUCAAACUCGUGCUAACCUAAGCAACGGGGGAGCGUGCGUGGAAUUUGGAAAACCACCUUGAUCGCGCAAAAUCUUGACCAAGCACGGCCAAGCGAAGCGAGGCCGUCUCGAAACUCCCGGAAGAGCGUCUCGUGAGGAACUCUGGAGAGAAAGUUGACUAGUCACGACCUCGUAGAGGUCCAGCCGCUAACGUCGAGUGGCGUCUAGCUGUGUCAAGCGGCGCUGACGUGGGCGGCGGGAGGUCAGAUUUUGCGAAUUGCCCUUUAAACGACAGGUUUUGCAUCUCAUUUCCUGCUAGGAGUCUCCGAAAAACGUGCUACUAGUACGACUAAUUUUGAUCUCUCGCCUCAUCUUUUGGAGAGAGAUUCGACGUUCUCUUUCUCUCUGGAUUUGUUACGUGGAUCUUGGGCGAUGGAAGUUCGGCGCAGACGAGCGAGACCACAGGAUAGCAAGCACGACGCCGACGCAACGACGGAUCAGUCGAGGACGGUUCAGAGGAAUGAGGCAAAUGGACAGACAGAUUCGAAUACUACUUUGAUAGAAAGUAAUAAAGCAAAUUCAUCAUAUUCUAUCGAGUCAAAACAACCUCUAUCAAACAAUGUGGUUCAUGCUCGAAUCAGGAUCAGCUUGGAGAUUGACCUGAUAGCAGUGAUUUUACUAAUUUCGGGUAUUUGCACUCGUCUUUAUUGCCUUGAGGAACCGCGUAGUAUAGUCUUCGACGAACUACAUUAUGGCAAGUACGUUGGAUUAUACAUGAAGAGGACGUUCUUUUUCGACUCUCAUCCGCCUUUAGGGAAGCAAUUGAUCUCUGCAGCGGCGUACUUGGCUGGAUUCGAUGGACAAUUCAAGUUUGAUAGGAUUGGAAGUCCUUAUAGCGACGCGAUUCCUUUGUAUGCGUUGCGCCUAGUACCGGCGAUAUGCGGCAGUUUACUCAUUCCUACAGGAUAUUAUCUUGUCCUGGAAUUGGGUUUGAAGCAAUGGGCCGCAGCAAUUGGUGGAACUCUACUUUUACUCGAUAACGCACUGUUGACACAGUCGAGAUUUGUCUUGAUGGAAAGUAUCUUGAUGCACUUCUCGUUGCUUGGCUUGUUGUGCAUUGUAAAAUUUCGGAAAGUUAUGGAUCAACCAACAUCAGCGUCUUGGUGGAUAUGGCUGAUACUAGGCAUUGUAAAUUUAACAUGUGCAUUAUGCGUCAAAUAUGUUGGAUUUUAUUCCAUGGCCCUCGCUCUCUUCUUAAUCGCUCACGAUUAUUGGUCUUUGCUCUCAAGGAAGACCCUGUCAAACACAAUCUUGUGGAUUCAUCUUUUACUAAGAUUCGUUGUAUUAAUCGCUGUUAUUGCCGUCGUAUAUUUAAGCAUAUUCUACGUACAUUUGGCAGUACUCUCAAAGGCAGGACCACACGACUCAGUAAUGACGAGUGCAUUUCAAGCGAGUCUGGAAGGAGGACUUGCCAGCAUCACGAAAGGACAGCCUCUGGAAGUGACGCAUGGUUCGCAGAUUACUCUUAGACACACGUACGGCAGAGCUUGUUGGCUGCACAGUCAUAAUCAAGUGUAUCCAUUGCGAUAUCCCGAUGGUCGCGGCAGCUCUCAUCAGCAGCAAGUCACUUGUUAUUCGUUUAAAGAUGUUAACAACUGGUGGAUCGUCAAGAAGCCGGACAAAAACGACUUAGUAGUAACGAAACCUAGCGAGCCCAUUCGGCAUGGAGAUGUGAUUCAAUUGGUGCACGGGAUCACGAGCAGAGCGUUAAACUCGCACGAUGUUGCGGCACCGAUGACGCCGCAGAGCCAGGAAGUGUCGUGUUACAUCGAUUACAAUGUGUCUAUGCCAGCGCAGAAUCUAUGGCGGGUAGAAAUCACAAACAGGGAUCACUCCGGCGAUGCAUGGCAUGCGAUUCAGAGCCAAGUGCGGCUGAUACACGUGCACGCGAAUGGAGCCGAGUUUGCGUUGAAAUUUAGCGGAAGGCAACUGCCCGAUUGGGGUUUCAAUCAACACGAAGUUGUGGCGGAUAGGCUGAUAGACCAGACCAAUUCCAUUUGGAACGUUGAAGAACAUCGAUACACUAGAAGUGAGGACCAGAAGCAACGGGAACGGGAACUGAUCAGUGCGGAGAUGAUACCAUUGCAGGCAACCGCGUUGAGCUUCUGGGAGAAAUUUGCAGAACUGCAGGUCAAGAUGUUAUUUAGUGGCCAAGAGGGUCAAAACAGCCACAUGUAUUCCAGUGGACCUCUUGAGUGGCCGUUAAUGUCCCGCGGGAUCGCGUACUGGGUGUCUAACGAGAGCAAUGCACAAGUGCAUCUUUUGGGGAAUAUUGUGAUUUGGUACUCCGGUACGAUCUCAGUAAUUGUAUAUGUAACAUUACUGACAUUUUAUUUAAUAAGGAGAAAAAGACAAUGUUUUGAUAUUCCAGAGGAAGAGUGGGAAAAGUUUGUUAACAAUGCUUACGUAUUAUUAGCUGGAUAUUUGCUUCAUUUCUUACCUUUUUUAUUCGUUGAACGAACUUUGUUCUUGCAUCACUAUUUACCAGCUUUUAUUUUCAAAGUCUUAUUAACGGCAGCUACGAUUGAUCACCUGUAUUAUUUAAUUAGCACACAUCGUCCAGCAUGGAGCAUUUCAUUGUAUAUCAUAACAUGUGGUAUUAUUGCUUGGGUACUUUUUAUCAUCUAUGUGUUCAAGAAAUUCAUUGUGUUUAGUUAUGGAACAUCAGCUCUCACUGCCAAGGACGUGAUAAAAUUAAGAUGGAAAGACACUUGGGAUUUCAUUGUACACAAAACAUAAGAGUUUGCCAGAUUUAAGCAUUACAAAACCUGUGUUAUACAAGAUGUAAUAUUUUUUUAAUUAGGACGUUAUAUAUUGAAACACAUGACAUUUACAAAACAGACGAUAUUAAUGUAUUUUUAUAAAAAAAUUUGGCAAAUGUUAUUGCUUAUAAAUGCACACAUGUGUAUAUGACGAAAUAUUUUGUUAUAAUGAAGCAACAAGUGCCACGAAUAUGGGAUGACAUAUAAUGAUGAGUCCUUUCAUAAUAUUGUAAAAAGUUAAAAAAGUUAAACAUAAAAAUAUUUGUGUAUAGACUGAUUCUAUUUUAUAAAAUGUUUUAUCGUUAACAGUAUUUGAUAUUAUAGAAAUCGCAAAUAUAUAUUUAGAAAAAAACAAU